AUGGCACACCGCCUUUCAAGUCCUCUCUACCGCCGCCUCUCUUCUUCAUUUAGCACCGCCACCAAAGGCAAAGUUCCUCUUCUUUACAAAAGCCCAGAGAUCAACGAAGACAACGGAAAUGAAGCCGUGACACUCCAAGUCCUUUCAUGGGGCAGGGGAGCAUCAGGCCAACUAGGUGGUGGCAUUGAAGAAAUCAGAAUAUACCCAUCUCCAGUAGCCAAUCUCCUCUUUCCCCAUGCUUCCUUUUCCCUCUCCCCAACCCCAGGCAAAACCCAAAACCAAGAUCAAAAGGAUCAAACUUUGCAUUCGGUUGGGAUAUCAUGCGGGUUGUUCCAUUCGGGUUUGGUUGUCGGCGGCAAGUUGUGGAUGUGGGGCAAAGGUGAUGGAGGUCGUCUCGGUUUUGGUCAUGAAAAUCCUGCUUUUGUGCCUACUUUGAACCCUCACUUGGAUUCUGUUUCCUUUGUCGCUCUUGGUGGUCUUCAUUCUGUGGCUCUAACUUCUAAAGGCGAGGUCUUUACUUGGGGUUAUGGGGGUUUUGGUGCACUUGGACAUCGCGUUUAUCAUAGAGAACUCGUCCCAAGAUUGGUAGAAGGCAACUGGAGUAGAAAUAUACGUCAUAUCGCAACUAGUGGGACACAUACUGCUGCCGUCACUGAAUCAGGAGACUUGUACACCUGGGGCCGAGAGGAAGGGGAUGGCAGAUUAGGUCUUGGUCCUGGUCGGGGCCCAAAUGAGGGAGGUGGACUUAGUAUCCCAUCCAAAGUGAAAGAAUUACCUACUCCUGUUGCUGCAAUUUCUUGUGGUGGUUUCUUCACAAUGGCAUUGACGGAGGAUGGACAACUUUGGAAUUGGGGUGCAAACUCUAACUAUGAGCUUGGAAGAGGUGAUAAGGUUGGUGGUUGGAAACCGAAACCAAUUCCUAGCCUUGAAAGUACUCAUAUCGUUCAGAUAGCAAGUGGUGGAUAUCAUUCUCUUGCAUUAACAGAUGAAGGUAAAGUACUUUCAUGGGGCCAUGGGGGACAUGGUCAGUUGGGCCAUUCUUCUAUAAAAAAUCAAAAAGUUCCAGCAACAAUUGAAGCUUUGGCUGAUAAACGUGUUGUCUAUAUCGCCUGCGGAGGUUCAUCUUCGGCAGCUAUAACCGAUGAAGGGAAGUUAUACAUGUGGGGGAAUGCAAAAGAUCAACAACUGGGAGUUCCUGGAUUACCAGAGGUUCAAGCAAGUCCUGUUGAAGUCAAUUUUCUAAUGGAGGACGACGGAUUGGGAGCCCAUUACGUGCUAUCCGUUGCAGUCGGUGCAUGCCAUGCCAUGUGUUUAGUCUCGAGAUCACCUUGUUAACGAAUGAUGUGAUCAAACAAAUUCACAUACGAAACUUUAACAAUAGGGUCUGCAAUUUUGUUUUGAAGGACACACUGAGUUCCAAGGUUGAGUCCAUGGCGAAAUGCUUCCCAAUGAGGUUAGGCAAACAGCAUUAAAGAAGCUAACAUUCAUCUCCAUUAUUACAUAUUUAAGCCUUCUGAUA